AUGGAUCUGGUUAAUUAUCAAAUUAUGCUCCUUCGGGUUUCUAAUUCUCCCACUAUCCUGAUUGCUAAGGGCGAGGAUCAGGCCUCUAUUCAGAUUGUUUACAUGGCCAAGUCCAAGAACUCAGCAGCCAGCCACAUCCAGACACUAGCCUCAGUUCUUGGAAGUGAAAUGGAAGCCAAGAAAGCCAUCAUAUACGACUACACAAGAACCAUCAAUGGUUUUGCAGCCAAGCUAACAACUGAUCAGAUCACCGCUCUUCUAAAGCAACCUGGAGUGUUGAAGAUAGUUCCUAGUGAAUUUCAAAAUGUUGCAGCUAAUGUCUCAUCAAGCUCGGUUCCAUGAAUUCGGUUACUCUCAUAUGCAAAUGACCUAGAAUGCUUUGUUGGGUGGAAGUCCACGUGCAUAAAGAGCUAACAUUUUCUCAUGAGUUGUAAGAUAGGACGGUCGCAAUGCUGUAAUUAGGCACUAUUGGGUUAGGUUAUGAAAAUGCAACUACCGUUGAUGCAUAUGCUCAUUCUCAAUUUCACCAAAGAAAUUCACAUGCA